AUGUCCACGACUGCCUCCAAUACGUCUCCACCAGCGCGCUCCCAGACUGCCACGGCCCAGCACACUCGCACCUACCAGGCCUGCAUCCCCUGCCGCCGCCGCAAGGUCCGCUGCGAUCUCGGCCCCGUCGACAAUCCCCACGACCCGCCAUGUGUGCGCUGCCGGCGCGAGAGCAAGGAGUGCUUCUUCUCUGCCACGCGCCGCAAGAGAAAGACCGACGACGGCGAGGAAUAUGACGAAGCCGACGACUACGAGAUCCGCAAUGCCCGCAAGCGCCAGCGCUCCGAUGGCCUGCAAGAGCCCCUCACAAUCACCACGGCCAACUCAACCGCCUACAUCUCCCAGCCCUUGACCCCCGGCGGCUCCAUCGGUCGCUACGAGCCUCUGCGCCGCCCAAACACUUCGGCCGGCCAGUCGUCGCAGCACAAUGACGAAGAAGACCAAAAGGUAAACAACGAGACCCUGGCCACGCUGCAGACGGGCGAGGUCUACAGCGGACAUGACGCCCUCAACCUGCUCUUCGAGGCUGCCGGCAUGAACGCCCACCACCGCACCGGAAGCAGCUCCAGUCUACAGCGCCCCAACCUCGGCAGCACUCCAGGCUCCCAGACAAACUUCGCCAGCCCCCGCCCCAACCUGUCACAUGCCCGCACAAACUCGCGCCCUACCGUCGAGCCCUCGGUCGACCCUGCUAUCCAGCAGCCCUUGUUGCCGGACCCCCCCAACGAAGCCGCCUUUGCGGAUGCAGUGCGCGCCUGGUCCAAGUUCCGCUUUGUUCGCGCCGGUUGGCUCACUGCGAAAGAGGCCAUUGCCUAUAUUGACUACUUCUACGCCUUCCUAUCUCCCCUCACUCCCAUUGUCGUGCCAGACUACCGCGAUCAUGCCUUCCACGCAAAGCUGCUCAAGGAGGAGCCCAUGCUGGUCAUUACCCUCCUGACAAUUUCAGCUCGCUAUUCACAACCUAGCGGAUCCAGUGGUGUUGGCGCCACAUCUAGGUCAUAUCUCAUCCAUGAAAAGCUAUGGAAGUACCUGCAGGGCAUGAUAGAUCGCAUGAUCUUCGGUCAGGAGCAGUUUGGCGGUGGAUUCUGCGGCGCUGGACAACAGCCUGGGUCCGACGUGAACCCUCUGUCGCGCAAGGGCCUUCGAACACUCGGCACUGUCGAGAGCCUGAUGCUGCUCACAGAAUGGCAUCCGCGCGCCCUCCAUUUUCCACCUGGUGAUGACGAUGAUGAACUCAUUCUGCCCGAUGAUCCAUACGAAUCAGGUCCCAAAGCCGACAUGUACAAGGAGGUGGGCGACAAGCGUAUCGACAGCUGGCUCGAGCCGUGCUGGCGUAGCGAUCGCAUGUGCUGGAUGUUGCUCGGUAAUGCCAUGACGCUUGCCUUUGAGAUUGGCGUGUUUGAUGAAACCAAUGAGACCGAGUUCGAGGAAGCCAACCAGCACUUGUCGCAUGCCACAGUCAAGGCUUAUUAUCGUCGGAAAAACCAUUUGCGUGAUCUUCUGAUUAUAUAUGUCACGCAGACUAGUGGCAGGUUAGGGCUGACGUCCAUGCUUCCCAAGAUUGAUCGCGACGAAAGCCUGACCGGCGCUCCUUCGCCACUAGAGCUAUACAAGGACCGCAUCAGUCGCAUCAAAGCCCCUCCUGCUCAGUUUGGCAUGCGCUCAGACGGACAGCGUCUUCCUCUUGAGUCCAUCGCCACACAGGAGCGCCAUGCCAUUCAGGAUCUCGUACUUGACUUUUGGCAGCGCAUUGCCAAGAUUAUGGAGAUGGGUAACCUCAAGUUGUUUUCAAACCGGCGCAAGACGCGCGAGCUUCUCAAGACGGGCACGUACGAAGAGAUGCUCAAGUUCUUCCAAGGGCCUUUGGCAGAAUGGAGGAAAUGCUUUGACCGAGCGCCUCAAGUGCCUACUCAGCUCCGUCAUGUUCUCAUUAUUGAGUUCGAGUAUACACGCGUCUAUCUCAACUCACUAGCCUUACAAGCAGUCGUGGAGCGCUGUACGCACAACACUCCACUCCAAACACAUGCCCAGCCAAACGUUGUCAAUGGCCGUGCUACCAACGGCAAUGAGGAUGGUGGGGCAAUACCCUUUAGCACGCUGGUCAAAUGGUAUGCCAACGAUCGCCACUACAUCAACGAAGUCAUUGAUGCGUCCCGCAACGUGCUCAAAGUUGUCGUUGAUGGCCUCCAUCCAGGUGGCUACCUGCGACAUGCGCCUGUGCGCACCUUCUUCCGUAUUGUCAGUGUAGCCAUCAUUCUGCUCAAGACAUUUGCACUAGGUGCAACUGAAGAGGACGUUGCCGUUAGUCUAGGCCUACUCAGCAGUUCCGUCGACGCAUUGCGAACAAGUAUCGUAGACGAUGUGCAUGUCGGUAAUCGCUUUGCCGACCUGGUCGAGACACUGACCCAUCGUAUCCGUUCUCGAUUCGUGCGCCUUACAGCUAAUGGGUCAACCGGCAUUUCCCGAGCUGGCAGCAAGAGUCCAGUCCAAGCACCAAUGAUGCCUCCACCUUCUGCACUCAACAACACCAACCAUCUCGCACCACCAUACAUGGGGUCUCAGCAAACGGGCUUUUCGGGAUCUGGUACCAGUGUUCCCGGAUCACCCAGCAUGGGACUGAGUACGAGUGGGCGGGCAACCCCUCUGUGGGGCAUCUCAUCUGAGCCAUACGAUCCAAAUUCGAACAGUAUAUCCAUUAUGCCACCACCAGGCAACUACACCAACUUUUCUGCAAACACCAAUGGCAACAACCACAACAACACCAACGCCAAUGGCAAUGGCACAAACUCCAAUGGAACCAAUGGCACACAGUGGGGCCAGUGGACAAACAACGGUGGUGGUGGCUGGGGUACAGGCCACGAUCAAGACUGGCUUGCUUUACCCCUCGACCCACUGCUGGAUCAGUGGGGUGCAGAGAUUAACCAGACGGCCAUGGGACCGGACAUUGGAGGCAUGGACAUGUUGGAUAUCUUGUUGAAUAUGGGAGGACCGCCUGGUAGUGCAUAA